AUGGGAUUCGAUGUGACACAGCUGAGCCUUGGCUCGGGCAGCCAAAUAGAGCAAACAACUUUCCCAUCGUUGCCGCGUGUCCAAUGUGGGGAAAGCAUUCAGCAGUUUGAUAGCGCUCCGAUUUCCAAGCGUAUACCAAAUUGUCAAAAAUGCGGACAGCAUGGAAGGAAAUCGCGACUGAAAGGACACAAACGCGUUUGUCCGUAUCGUGAUUGUAAUUGUGCAAAGUGUCAGGUAGUGAGCGAAAGACAAAAAUUGAUGGCAGACCAAAUAAAAAUACGACGGCGACAGCGGAAAGACACAUUGCUGAAUGUAACACGAGAAAAUAUAACAGCAACUUUAAAUGCUGCCGCAGCAGUAGCCGCAUCCGGACCGCUGCCUUAUUUCCACAAUUUUAACGCACUUCUCUACAAGCAACUUCAGCAGAACAUGCGCCAUCCAGCAAUAUCAUUUCUGCCAAGUCAGCCGCCACCCACAGAAAAUAUCUUGGAAACUGGCUCCUUCAACAACACUUCCGGUCCUCUGAGCAAUUAUCUUUCUGGUUCUGCAGCAGCAACUUCACUGAAAUUCGGUCAGUCACCACAGCAGCGGCCCUCAUCCUCCGCACUACCUCAUCUGCAGUUUCUUUUCCAACCACAAGUGACCACUCCAACCACCACAACAACCAGUACGGCAACGGAAAGUGACCUUCCUGCUCUCUCCGUCACACCACCGUGUACACAGUCUGACAGUAACACAAAUACCACUGUUGUAGCCAAUCCACCGAUAGCAAUCCCCGUACCUAUUAAUCCGAUGUCAGUUGCGGGAAUCACUCCAAAUCUUGCGACACAGAAUGCUCUAUCCAGAACAUUGCAACAGCAGCAGCAACAGCAGCAGCAGCAACAACAACAACAUCGACAGCAGCAGCAGCAGCAGCAGCAGCAGCAGCAACAGCAACAGCAACAGCAACCGCAGCAACAACAACAGACCGACCUCACCCAAGUAGCCGUAAGUCAGACUUUAGCAAAUAAUCAAAUUCCAGCUUUUCUGGAGAACGAUCAGUUGUUCCAAACACUUUUGAGCAACAUGCGGCAGUUGGAAUGGAAAAUUCCCACAGAAGCCACGACGACGACUAUCGUUCCGGAGAGUGGCAGCAAAGCGGGAACAAGCCAUAUGUCAAGCAUAUUUGUCGAUGUUUGCAGCAAUGCAAAUUUCACUGAAAUUGUUGUAAUUCUUUUUUGCAAUGCACAGGUUCUACAGAAUACUUUCUUGUUCCUGUUUACAGGGUCAUCAUCCGGUACACAUUUUAGACCGGCAGUUUAUAGGCAUUUGAAAGAACGCUCCACUACCGCUGCAGUACCGCUGCAGUUUUUGUUGUUUUACGCUUUGUAA